AUGUCGCCAGCUGAAGUGGAAGCAUUGUUGGGUGAUUGGGAACCCACAGAAACCGCAGAUUCAGGUACUAGAGGAGAAACAGUUCAGGAACGAGCAGCGCCAGACGGCGAUGACUCCAGUCGCCCUCGUUUUGCAAAUCUGACAGAGACGGAGUUGGGGCAGAUAGAAGACGAAAGAGUUGAAAAGACUACGGCAAAAUCAACAAAAUGGGGCGUCAAGAUAUUCAGAGAAUGGCUGAAAUCAAGACAACAGUGCAUUGAGUUUGAAGGACUACCACCCAAGGAUCUUGGACAUCUGCUCAGACAGUUCUACGCAGAAGUCAGAAGCACAGCUGGGACAGAAUACUCCAAGGCUAGCUAUGGAUGUCUGCGUGCCGCCAUUCAUCGCCAUCUGACAGGCCCUCCAUUCCACAAGACAUACAACAUACUGAGGGAUCCAGAGUUUCAAGCUGCUAACAACAUGUUUGUUGGUAUGUUAAAGAAGCUACGCAGAAGCGGACUGGAUACCGCAAAGUCUUUUCCGCCAAUCCUCCCUUGCGAUAUGAUCAAAAUGUUUGACUCAGGCACUCUCAGCAUGGAUAAUCCACUCGCUCUGCAGCGACUUGUGUAUUUCUAUAUUGCUUUCUUCUUGUGCCGUAGGGGAAGGGAGAACUUGAGGGAGUUGAAAGUCAGUGAUUUCAUCCUGAAGGAUGAGGGUGGGAGGAAAUAUUACACGCUGAGACAUAACGAACACCUUAAAAAUCACCCAGGGCAUUUGGUUGAUGAUAGUACCCAGCCAACAUCACGAAUGUAUGAGAUGGACACUGGUAGUGGCACACGUCCAUGUCCUGUGAAGGCAUUUGAGCAAUACUGUAGCAAGCUUCCAGAUACUUCUAAGUGCCCAUAUUUGUUCCAAAGGACAAAUGUCAAGUAUAAACCAGAUUCUGGUAGCCCCUGGUACUACCCUCAACCCCUGGGCCAUAAUAAGAUAGGAGCUAUGAUGAAAGACAUAUCUGCUGCAGCAGGUCUUAGUAAACCAUACACAAAUCAUAGCAUAAGAGUAACUGCAAUCCAAGUAUUGGAUGAAUCAGGUUUUGAGACUAGGGUGAUUAUGAGUAUCUCAGGGCAUAAGAACGAGGCGUCUGUUAGACGUUAUACCCACGACUCCACUGACAAACAAAAACAGCAGUGUGCUAAUGCACUACAGACUGCUUUAAGUUCUAACAAGGAAGAUUGUUAUGAACAGAGUAGUAUGGAGAAGUCAAACUCCACAAAUUCAGCAAAUGAUGUUCCACAUUCCCUGCGAGCAGGUUGUCCUGAUACACAUGUGCAUGAUACAGGACCAGAGGUUUCAGUAAACCUCCAGUCUACAUGUAUGUCCCAGAUGUCUCAGGUAUUCAGUACUAGUGGGCACAUUAACUUUCACUGUCCCGUAACGUUUAACUUUAAAUAAAUGUUACGGAUAUUGAGGAAAUGUUGUAUC